AUGGAAACGAUGGCACCUCUUCAUCACGCCCUUCCCCCUCUUGAAGUCUUCGUCACUGCUGAGGAUUUUGAGAACCUUGGCAUGACGCCAUGGUUCAGUUACUCAGUCACUCUGCCGGAGCGACCCAUUCCCAGCGCUUCGGACCGGCCCCCACUGGAGACUGAGCGUCUGCUUAUCCGACCUCUCACAAUGAACGACCUGGAUGCAUUUCAUGAGCUUCGCAAACGUCCUGACAUUCAGAACCACUCAACAGCUCGCGGCCGCGCAACCAAAGACAAGGACGAGACUGAACGACAACUCCAUUCUCUGGUUCAGGACGACCAAAGCCACUGGUGGUUUGGCGCCUUUCUUAAAUCGACCAAUGAGCUCAUAGGCGAGGGUGGCCUGCCAGACGUCCUAGCCAUGUCCUCCUCGAUCUCUGGUUGGCCAGAAGCCGAGUUCCUCAUCAAACCAGAGUUCCGCCGCCAGGGAUACGGCACUGAGCUCUGGACGGCAGUCAUGAAUUCGUGGUGGGAUCUACCUCGUGAGCGACGACGACACCAACUAGUCCCCGUCGUCGCACCCGGAAAAGAACCCGGCGACAAGAUGGACGAGUGUGUUGUCUUCCAGUGGGAAGCAGGCAACGAAGCCGCCAAGAACUUCUUCGCAAAGGUCCUGUCACAAGCACCCGUUGCCGCACAGGGCGGCUGCGAGAGCAUCGAUACGCGAGACGGAAAAGAGGGAAAUCUCAUCACGUGGGCUGGCACAAUCAUCUGCAAUCCUAGGCCGAUGCCUGAGGAGGAGGACUCUGAUUAG